AUGCCCAAUACUUCGGUUGAUCUUGUGGUAGCCAGGGUGACCAAUCCGUCGAUACCCGGCCACAGCGGUGAAGGAAGCGAACAUAUUCCCGUCUUCGUGAUCCCUCUCUGGCCCGGCCUCCGGGCCGCGAUGUUGCCCCUCAAGGUUGGCAAGGCAUACCACUUCGAUACUCACGGCGAUUUGACUCUCAAAGUUGGCGGAAAUCGUUCAGCCUACCACUUUCUUGUCUGUUCGCGCACACUCCGCCGCAGUUCGCCCGUCUUUGAAGCCAUGCUGUUCAGAGGCUUCGCUGAAUCCAAGCCUGCAGAUAGCGCCGCCUGGACCAUUCAACUUCCAGACGACGACCCUUCUGUCAUUUUACUCGUCUUGAGCAUCAUUCACGGCCAUUUCCAGCUUGUGACCAGGGAGCUCAAGGAGUACCAACUUCACGAAGUCUUAGUUGUCACGGAAAAGUACGACAUGACCAAGAUAUUGAACCCUUGGGCUUCGACCUGGUUCGCUCCCUACAAGGAAAGAAGUCUUAUCAACAGUCAGAACGCAUUUUCACUCGUUUGGUCAUCUUGGGAACUUGGACACAAAGAUGCCUUUUCUAGGUUUGCGAGAGGCAUAAUGCUCCAGCAGCCGAUCAAUGUCGAGGGAGAGCUUGUGACGGAUGAAAUCACUUUGAGUCGUUUGAGCGAUUCGCCAUUCCUGCAGCCUCCUGGACUUCUUGAGAGCAUCGCACAGGGUAGAAAGGUUCUGAUAGGUGAUAUCACAACCUUACUCUACAAUACGAUCCAGAGACUGUACACAGCUCCCUUGUGCAAUGGAAAGCCAACCGUUCGAUGCAAUACCUGUGGAUGCAUCAUCGGCCACGGUGAUAUUGCUCAUUCAACAUGGUGCAUCAAAUGCAAAUGCAAACGGGGAACGACGAAGGGUUUCCAUCUGUCACAAAGACUCUGUGGGGAUUUGGUCUUCGGCUCUCUUUCCAAGCGCGUCGCAGGUCUCGGCCUAAAGGAUGUGGCCUUUCUGGAGACACCCACACCUGAAUGUCUACUAAGUGUUAACAAACUUUCCGCGGAGAUACAGGGGAUGACCAUCGAUCUUCCUGAAGAGCACAAGGAGUGCAAUCCUCUGCCAGCGCUGAAGGACGAAAUGCAGAAGCUGGUGGACUGUGUCUCUGCCCCCAUCACGGAUGCGCACAUCCUAUACCUGGACAAGCAGGCGAAGAAGACCGGCAUCUAA